UUCUCUUAGCGAGUCUGAGGACCGACCGCCUCCGACUAGAAACUGCUUCCGCGGCCCGGCGUGGCGAGGCCGGGAGGCGGUGGGCGCCAUGAGCGCGGCGGGCGGCGGAGCGGCGGGGACGCUGCGGGUUCCGGGCCGCCACGGCUACGCGGUCGAGUUCUCCCCGUACCUGCCAGGCCGCGUGGCCUGCGCCGCCUGCCAGCAUUACGGCAUCGCGGCCAGCUCCUUGACCCUCUCUGCCUUCUCGUCUCACCUGAAGGAUCACUUUCUCAUGAUCAUCUGGGAAACAUCUGGACUUGACAGCACCGGCCCUGGCUGUGGAACCCUACUAGUAUUGGAUAAAUAUGAAUCUGGGCUUAGGCUUUUUAGAAGCUUUGACUGGAAUGAUGGUUUGUUUGAUGUAACCUGGAGUGAGAACAACGAACAUGUCCUCGUCACCUGCAGUGGCGACGGCUCGCUGCAGCUCUGGGACACCGCCAAAGCCGCAGGGCCACUGCAAGUCUACAAGGAACACAUUCAGGAGGUUUAUAGUGUUGAUUGGAGUCAAACCAGAGGUGAACAGCUUGUGGUGUCUGGCUCAUGGGAUCAAACUGUCAAAGUGUGGGAUCCAACUGUUGGAAAGUCAUUAUGCACUUUUAGAGGCCAUGAAAGUGUCAUAUACAGCACAAUCUGGUCUCCCCAUAUCCCUGGUUGCUUUGCUUCAGCCUCAGGUGAUCAGACUCUUAGAAUUUGGGAUAUGAAGACAACAGGAGUCAGAAUCGUGAUUCCAGCACAUCAGGCAGAAAUUUUGAGCUGUGACUGGUGUAAAUACAAUGAGAAUUUACUGGUAACAGGGGCAGUUGACUGUAGUUUGAGAGGCUGGGACUUGAGAAAUGUGCGACAACCAGUGUUCGAACUUCUUGGCCACACCUAUGCUGUUAGGAGGGUUAAAUUUUCACCAUUUCAUGUUUCUGUGCUGGCCUCUUGCUCCUAUGAUUUUACUGUGAGAUUCUGGAACUUUUCAAAGCCUGAUCCUCUUCUUGAAACAGAGGAACAUCAUACAGAGUUUACUUGUGGUUUAGAUUUAAGUCUUCAUAGCCCAACUCAGGUGGCUGACUGUGCUUGGGAUGAAACGAUAAAGAUAUAUGAUCCUGCUUGUCUUAUUGUUCCUCCUUGAAAUACGCUGCUCUGGUCAGAAACAAAGGACCAGACCUGAAGAACUACUUAGCAAGAAAUAAAUUAACUAUUAUAACAUAGACAUUAUACUUUUAUAUGCUACUCAGAUUUCAAUUUUUAAAAAUGUAUCCUGGAAUCAGUUUUGAGGCAGCUGAUAGAGACUUUGGUUCACUAUUUAAGCCUAGUACAUAAGCCAUAUUUCUUAAAAUCCUAAGGAAUAAUUGAUGUUAUGGUAUAUCUUGUAACAUCUAUUAAAAUGUUACUUCUGUAUUGUAAAAUAGAUUAAAAUAUGGGAGAUCAGUAGAUUAUAUUGAUAGUGUUGUACUUCAUUUUUAAUUUGUCACUUAUGAUGUAAAAUAUAAUCACUGCUAUUGAUUAAAAUAAAAAUAAACUGCAUCUCUUGAUCAUUUAUCA